AUGGCUCCUUUCAGGGUUUUCGAGGGCAAGCUUGCCAUCAUCACUGGUGCUUCGCGAAGCUUCGGUGCCGUUGUCGCUGAGCAUUUUGCCAGCAGAGGCGCCAACGUCGUCAUCAACUACGCCACCGACGGGUCAACGGAGAGGGCUCAAGCGCUGGCUAAGGACUUCGAGACCAAGUACAACGUGAAGGCUCUUCCCGUCAAGGCCGACCUGAGCAAGCCUGAAGCUCCUCAACAGCUCGUUGACGCCGCGAAGGCUCACUUCACCGACGCCAACGGACGCUUCCAGAUCGACAUCAUCAUCAACAACGCCGCUACUGUGAACGCUCAGGGAAUUGAUCAGUUAGAUCUCGACCUCUUCGAUGCCACCUUCAACCUGAACUGCAAGGCACCCGCCUUGCUCGUGAAGGCUUCUUUCCCCUACCUGCCUACUGAUCGUUCUGGCCGGAUCGUCAACAUUUCUAGCGCCACCACCACCUGGGGUGUCUGGUGGCAGACGUCUUAUGCAGGUACCAAGGGUGCUAUUGAGGCCAUGACCCGUGUCUGGGCCCGUGAGCUUGCUGAGAGGGCGACGGUCAACGCCGUUGCCCCUGGUCCCAUGGAUACCGGACUUUACUCUGGUCUGCCCGACGAGCCCCGUGAGGCUCUCCGGCCGUUGAACAUCCUUACUCCCCUGGCUAAGGCCAGACCCGGCAUUGACAGCCAGGAGGUUCUCGACUUGGCACAAAGCAUUGGCGGCCGCCCUGGCUACCUGGAGGAGGUUGCAGGUGUUGUUGGAGUCUGCUGCUUGCCGGAGAGUGGAUGGAUGACAGGUAACCUUGUUGGUGCUAGUGGUGGUGGUGCUUUUGUCCGUUAA